AUGGUAGAGACUGAGGCGUCACAGACUGAGGCGUCACAGACCGAGGCGUCACAGACCGAGGCGUCACGGGCCGGGGCGUCACGGACCGGGGCGUCACGGACCGGGGCGUCACAGACCGAGGCGUCACGGACUGAGGCGUCACGGACCGGGGCGUCACAGACCGAGGCGUCACAGACUGAGGCGUCACAGACCGAGGGCGUCACAGACCGAGGGCGUCACAGACCGAGGCGUCACAGACCGAGGGCGUCACAGACCGAGGGCGUCACAGACCGAGGGCGUCUCAGACCGAGGGCGUCACAGAUUGAGGCGUCACAGACCGAGGGCGUCACAGACUGA